AUGGGCUCGAAAGCUGACUCUACAAAGGAUUCUCAGCCUGAACAACAAAAAGAGGAUGAAAACCGUGAAAGACUUAAACGGCUUGGAAUGCAAUGCGUGUCGCCCGGUUUUGGCAAAAUGGACAACCGAAUGCUUUCAACAAUUCAGCUGUCCCGCGACAUAGCUAAGGACCAGAAAGAAGCGAUCCAUAAAUUGAGCACUCGUCAAACAGAAACCUUCAAAAACAACGAUUCCGAUGACGAAGUGGUACCUAAACAAGUCGAGCAAACAAACCAAGAUGUACAGCCAUCGAGCCUAGACUCCACCGAGCAGGAAAAUCACAAAAGAACUCAAAAGUCUCUUAAAAGAGGCCGGGUUCCUCCACCAUUAAACAUAGGGUCUUCCGGAGCCAAUGGCGACGACACACGGGCAAGAGCGGCGCAUUUUCAUGGAAGUCAGUUUUUGGGCGCUAAAAGUGCGCCUGCCCACAUCACACGGUAUCCCAGAGGCAAAUCGAGAGUCCAAUAUUUGGGGCGCACGACGUCAAAAACUGACGCAAGAAUACGAAAAAAACCAAGGGCCAACUCAUCCUGGCCAUUCAUGAUGAACCCACCUUUCACGCCGUACGGCUACUACCAGAUGCCACAAACCGCAGCUGUUCCGUAUCAUAUGGGAUACGGCUCGUUCCAAAACGCCUAUCAGGCUCCCUAUAUGAUGACUUCAUUCCCCUAUGCCAUGAUGCAAACGCCAUUUGCAGAUCCGUCCUCUGCUCCUACCAGAACGCUUCAGCAGGACUUUGACAAUUACAGAAGCCAGAACCCGGGUGUUGGUACUCGCGAUUUGUUUGGCAAUAACGAAAGUCGGUGGGCUCCAAUCCAGGCCCAACCUCAAAGUGCCAGAAAUGAGUUUUUUGGGUCAAGAACUAUGCCCAAUACAAGCUUUAAGACAGAAAACACUGAGACACAAGCAAGGCCGGACAAUAUUUCUAAUGGUGAUGAAAGUGACAACGAGGAUGCUGACUUGGCCAUAGAAGAGGGUGCAGAACCUAACACGGCGGAAAUGGCCCAAUCUGGGGACGGCUUGGCUGGUGUCGAAACCUUGCACGGCGAGCUUCGACUUCAUAAUGAUAACUUUGGCUUUUCAUUUGCCCUUUUGGAAGCUGCCACGGAUAAAAAGAUGUUCAUGUCAAUAUGUGACAAAGUCUGGGACGAUUUUCAGGCUCUUGCAAGACGGGAAUAG